AUGCCCAUCGACCGCGAACAGGUGGUCCACAUCGCCGCCCUGGCCCGCAUCGGAAUCACCGACGACGAGAUAGACGCCUACGCCGGACAGCUUUCGGACAUCAUCGACCAGUUCGAGAUAUUGAACGAGCUGGACACUUCGGGUGUCGAGCCAACCGGCCACGCUGGCGAACUGCGGGGCGUGAUGCGAGACGACACUCCAGCGGACUCGCUGCCACCGGAGGAUGCUCUCAGAAACGCGCCACGCCGCGAGGGAGAGUAUUUCCGGGUCAGGGCCGUGCUGGACGAAUAA